AUGGGCGAAAGGCAACAGCAGACCGCACAACAACCCAAUCCUUACUCGCCUCUAGGCCAGCCUGGCCCUCACGGCUAUCCCAUGCGCUUCGGAGUGCGCCUCGCCGGGUUGAAAGGCUUCAAAAUCUACGGCGCCGACCCCAAGCAGCCUUACCGAUACGUCGAGCUACACACACGACGCCAGAUUCUGCACGAGAGUGCACACAAAAAGGAUUGCAGCCCUGCCCUCGUUACCGUCAAGGAGAACUGGCCCUCGUGGUCCCUCUUCCCUCUCGAUGACGAGUCUGCCACCUUCACCAUCACAGUGCACAGCAACUCCAAGGAAGCAAACACAGACCCAGACGACAACACCACUGCAGAGCCCGAAGCUGCUGCCGACUCCGAAGCCUCCAGCCCGGGGCCCCCAAACACGGAAGCCACUAAUACGGAAGCCACCAACACGGAAAUCAUCAACACGGAAGCAGCCGACAUGGAAGCGGCCGACGCGGAAGCCUCAGAGCCGGAAGCCGUCGACCUGACCAUCGACAUGGACCACACCCGCUGCCGGCCCGUCACCUUCCAAUUCACCUUCCCCGUCCCAUCCCCACAAGCCGACGGCACCACCACCCUCGAAACAUUCGAAUGGCGCCGCGCACCCCAAGCCUGCCAAGAAACGCGCGGCAUCCGCAAGCGGACUCUCCCCCCGCUCGAGACCGGCGACGACCGGCUACCAGAAGAGAAAUUCGUGUACGCGCCGUCGGGAUCAGUCCUCGUGCGCCUCGGCGAGGGCAGCAACCGGUGCGCGCCCGGCCGCGACCGGCCGCUGGGGUUCACGCGCGCCGGUGAGGAGAUCGUGGCGUCCUACACGGCGUCGCGCGACUACCGCGCGUGGUACUACUUCCAGUUCUGGGGUUCCGGCGCCACGGGCGAGCUGGGCGAGGCGUUCACUCAUGUGGCCGUCAUGAGUGGUUUGGCGGUGUACCAGGACGAGGAGGCUGAGAGAGCCAAACGGGCGAAGAGGAAGACGGAUGUGCACGGUGCCAGGCCGCCCGUUUCGACGGGCCUGCCGUGA